AAGAGAAACGCAUGCAGAAAGUACAGUAGCUCUACAGUCCUAACACAGGAGGUAAAGCAAGAACAAUUAAAAUGAAAGUCUUCGUUGCCCUAACAUGCUUGUUAGCUGUCGCAUCAGCUAGUUACAUAUCAUCUCCAUGGGCGGCUGCUGCAUGGGCUGCUCCACAACAUUUGCCAAUCAUUGACUCAAAUGGAGUACCUGUAGAACCAUUAGUAAAUCAAGCCGCUCGUGUCCAACAUGCUCAACUCCGUGCUGCCGCUCAAAUCCGUAAUGGUGAUGCUGCUAUAUUAGGAGCACCACUAGCUCUUGCUGGUGCUCAUGGAAUCGCUGCUCAUGGAAUCGUUGCUCCAGCACAACUUGCCCUUGCUGGCCAUGGCGCCAUUUACGGUGCUCCAUUACUUGAUGCCAACAGUGUACCAAUCGAACCAUUAGCAAAUCAAAUUGUACGUGCUCAAAAUGUUGCUGCUCACGUUAAUGCAAAUAUCCGAACUGGAGACCUCCACGGAGUUCUUGGACGUAAAAAACGUAGCCUCCUCGCUGCUCCAUGGGCUGCUGCUGCGUGGGCUGCUCCACAACAUUUGCCAAUCAUUGACUCAAAUGGUGUACCAGUAGAACCUUUGGUAAACCAAGCCGCUCGUGUCCAACAUGCUCAACUCCGUGCUGCCGCCCAAAUCCGUAAUGGAGAUGUCGCUUUAUUAGGAGCCCCAGCCUUAGCCUUAGGAGGCCACGGUUUAGCUUUAGGAGCACCAGCCGCUAUUGCUGCUGCAGGACCACUUGCCGUUGCUGGUAUUCCAGCCUUAGCAUCAAUCAGCCAUGCUGGUCGUGUACCCAUUGAUACUCCAGACGUAGCUGCUGUACGUGCUGCCCAUUUGGCAACCAAAAUUGGACAUCCCUGGUAAA